UUGAUUCUAGUUUAGAUUGUUGAUCUAGAACAUUCAUUUAAAACUUCAUCUACACAUACUGAAAUUGUUUAAAAUGAAGAAUUGCUAUUUGAUCUAUAGUUGAAAAAGGUAAAACAGUUGUGAUUAUGUUAUUUGGUUAAAUACCUAAUGAAAUAAUGAAACAAAGUGAUUAUACAUAGAAAGUUCAAAAAAUUACGAUAAGAAUUAUAUAUAUUUUGGGAAACAUUUUGGCAGUAUAAAAUAGGCACUGUGCUUAUGUGGGAUCGCCCUAAAUUUGCCCAACCCGGUCAAUUCCCGCACCAAGUGUCAAUACAGUGGAGUCUUCGACAAGGAAGUCCGUACAUACACUCUUGCAGUGGUGCGAUCCUGAGCGAAUAUUGGGUGAUUACGUCUGCAUAUUGUAUCUUUCACAUACCGGCUAAAUCAUUUAAAAUCAAGGCUGGCUGUCACAAUAUUUCCAAUACAGACGAAUAUACGCAAACAACGGGCGCGGAGAGAACCAUUAUUUACGAUAAAUAUACAAAAUUGGUAGAGCUGAGGGAUUUAAUGCCUUACGACUUGGGAUUGAUAAAGCUGCAGCCAGCUUUCAUUUUUAACAAUCGUGUACAUUCAAUCAAGCUUCCUCGGAUAAAUAAUUGGUUCUCGCAUAGCUACAAGCUUAACUACAACAUGAUAUUGAGUGGCUGGGGCUCGAUCGGUUAUACAUUUCAUAAUGCGAACAUGGACAUUAUGCGUACCGUGAAUCUCCCUGUCGUUCCCAACAAAGUUUGCAUGGAUUCCAUUGCGACUGUUAAUCGACGUAUUGAACUAUAUGAUACGCAAAUGUGCACGAGGCCUUUAGAUGGGAGUCUUUCAGCCUGUAUUGCCGACAAUGGAGCUCCACUUAUUCAGUAUGAGGAUAAGACACCUGUGCUAAUAGCAAUUCUUACUUGGAAUUGGAGUCCAUGCAACACUUACGGCAUACCGCUGGUAUAUUGUCGUAUCGAUCCUUUCAUUAAAUGGAUCAAUAAACAAAUGAAAAUCAAUUAAUUUAGAAAUUGUGAAUAUUGUAGUUAUACAGUUGAA